AUGUUCAGUAGAAUAACAGUACGUCACAUUGGUAGUGCUUCUAAAGCUCUUAAGAGGACUCCAAAGUCACUUAAUAAUUUGCCUUUGUAUACUGAACCUGCUAAAUGGAAAGGGUUACCUGCUGAAACUAUUUUUAGUUUGUAUAAAGAAAGAAUGGUAAAACUGGGAUCUGAAUAUAAACCAUGUAAAGAAGAAUUAGAUGCAUUGAUUUCCACUUCUGAACAUACUGGUGUUUCUCCAGGGAAUAUCAAGAAUUUGUAUUAUAAAGGUGAACAAGCUGCUAUUGAUAUCAAUGGUGGUGAAGGGAAUUCAGAUGAAGUAAUUCAACCUUUCGAAUAUGAUGAAUUGCCUUCUCCAGCUCAGGAUCUUGUUGACCAACAUAGAGAGCAAAGAUUUUACAAUAGGUUAGCUGCAUAUGAAUUACCUUUAUUGGCACAAUUCCGUCAAGAAUAUAAACCUCCUUCUAAAAAGCAAUUUCCAGUUACUUAUCGUUAUACCACUUAUAUUGGUGAAGAGCAUCCUGCUGAAAAGAAGGUUGUUUUAAGAGUCAAUUCAAGUAGCCUAGGUUUGAACAGUAAGCAAUUACAUAAGUUCCGUCUAUUGGCAAAAACUAGAUACGAUCAUAUUACUGAUGUUUUUAAAAUGUCAACUGAAAGAUUUCCAGAGGCUUCACAAAAUGCUCGUUAUUUGAAUGAUGUACUACAAAAGCUUCUAAAAGAAGCUAAAGAUAUAUCUAAAGAUGACUUCAGUGAUGUUCCAUUAGAUACAAGACAUACAACUGCUAAAAUGUUACGUAAGAAAAAACACAAUUACAAGUUUCCUGAAGAAUGGAACCGUCCAGAAGAUGCCCCACAGAAAACAAUUAACUUGGCUCACAUAUUUCAAAAAGAUCUGUAG